AUGACAGUACAAGGCAUAUACGACACAGAUGUAGAAUCCCACACCUUCAGCUCAACAGAAGAAUACAGGAAAUACCUUGCGGAGAAAUCAGCCGUCACUUCUGCCAGUGCCAUGUUCCAGGAAGAGAUCAACAAGGCUUCUGGACACGUAGCAGUGGGUGGACCGUUUGGACUUGGUGGGUCAGCAGGAGUAGGAGGAUCCAGCCAGAGUGGCACAUCCAGAAAAUCAUCAGACUUCAAUUCCAGCUCCUGUGCCAGCGCUCAGCUCAGUGAGAAGCAGACACAAGCAUUCAUGGCCAUGCUGGAGAUAAACAUAUUCAGAUAUGAGAUCUUCAUGGACGACGUGACGCCUGAACAGUUAAACGUGGGCUUCCUACGAGACUUUAUUUCCCUGCCUGAGUCCUACUUCUCUCCCGGUGCAGAAAUUAUCUUCCAAAACUUCUACCUCCGCUGGGGAACACACUACAUCAAGUCAGCCAAAUUUGGAGGCCAGCUAAAGAUCAUCAAAACAAAACAAGCUACACGGGACCUGUCGAUGUCUGAAUUUGCGACUAAAGCCGAGGCUGACUGGAAGAUGACACUCAGCACAUUCUCAGCGCAGGCGUCACAGACCAAGUCCAGUAGCUGGUGGCACGAGCACGAGACAAAGACUGAAUCAAAACAGUCUUCUGGACAAGCAGCUUCUGAUUCUGAAUCACAGGCCAACAGACAAGAAGAGAAGUCAGCCCAGGAGUACAGUAAUGAGGUUCUGGUGGUUCAAGGCGGAGACCAGACGAUCGCCGCUGCCAUCACGGAGAUGUACACGACAGCCCUAACAACAGAGCUGAAGGACUGGUUAGAGUCCAUUAACGACUACCCCAAACCCUUCUCCUUCGUGUUAAGGCUGGUCUCAGAUCUACUGAACAUCCCCUUCGUCUCGCUCUUCCCUGCAGGAGAGGAGGACUAUGGUUGCUUUGGAAGAAGUGUGACCAUUGACGAGAACAAAUUGAAAGUGGCGGAGAACUUCACCUACCUUGGGAGCUCCACCAACAACAAGGGUCAGAUGGACAAUGAGCUAGACUGUAGACUUGGAAAGGCCUCAGCAGCCUUCAACUAG